GGGCGGCGGGAUGAACGGAUUGUACGACGAAUUUGUGCGCACCGUCUCGUUAACUGUUGACAAGUGGAGCCGUCAAUUGAGCGCCUCAUUCAGCACGAUCAUUUAAGCAGCUUUUGUAGGCGCGGAUCCGAGCGGGGCGAGAAGGAGGGGGAGGAGGAGGAGGCGGCGGCGGAGGAGGAAGAGAAUGCAGUCGUGAUCGGUGAAGCUCCAGCCACGACCUGGCCUGGCCCUUGGAUGCGAUAAACAAUGUUCACGUGAGUCAACUGCGCUCCGCGAGCGAGAGGACGGGAUAAGGACGUGGGGGAGAGAGAGAGGGAGAAAAAAGAGGAGAGAUUGGAGAACGAUGUUGUUGCCUGCGCGGGUAGAUAAGACGUGUUAAUCGUCGGGAACGCCGCCCCAGGAGCAAUGGACGAUGAACAGCCGGCGAGGGAGGCCAACAAGAUCUGCGGAGUAUGUGGCGACCGGGCGCUCGGCUACAACUUCAACGCCGUCUCCUGCGAAAGCUGCAAGGCCUUCUUCAGGAGGAACGCGCUGAAGAACAAGGACUUUAAAUGCCCCUUCACGCAAAACUGUAGCGUCACAACCAUAACCAGACGAUUUUGCCAAAAAUGUCGUUUGGAUAAAUGCUUCAAUAUUGGCAUGCGCAAGGAGUACAUCAUGUCUGAGGAGGACAAGGUCCUGAAGCGCAAGAAGAUCGAGAAGAACCGCGCGAAGAAACGGACCCAGUCCGACAAUGGCAAAACGUCGAAGAUCAAAAAGGACUGCGUGGACGACUGUACGUUCGAGGACACGUCGAUGUCGGUCAAUUCGGUCGCGUCGACGAUGUCGGAAACGUACUUUUGGGAGUCCGACAGAAAGUACACGGACCUGGACGGCAAUAGGCAGAACGUCGUCGAGAGUAUGAGCCCAGUGACCGCGGCGAGCGUGCCGAGUCCCUCGAGUCCACCGGAGAACACGAACAUCGCCGAAACGAAGACGUUGGACAUGCUGAAGGAGUCCGGUUCGAGGUCCAAUCUUGCGAGCCACGCGAGAUUCACCGAUCUCAUUGUGGCGCCUCAGAGCGCAGGGACGGACAAGAGCUCUCCUCCGAAUUCGGGGAAAUACGAGCAGAAUUCGUUGCAAUUCAAUUCCGACUUUGUAGAUAUUAACCGCGAGUCGUCGAGCUACGGCUCCGCGUUCGAGGAGAAUCUGCCCAGUUACUCCAAAUUCGAGCAAACGCGCGAACGGAAUUCCCCCUUCCUGUUCGUCGAUUGCGUUUCGCACAGCGGGACAGGCCAGUCCGACCCGAGCUCGCCGUCGCAACUCACGAAGGAGGAGGAGCCAUCGAUAUGCCAGAAGCCGAAGGAAACGUGUUCGAGCGGGAGCAACUUGGUCGCGAAGUUCAAGCAGGAUCCCGGCCUGCUGGCAAAGUUCGUCAGCGAUCCGAAUUUAGUCGCCAAGAUAUUUCAAGAUCAGAGGGUAAUAAUGAAGAUUAUGACGGACCCCGAUAUGGCCACGUGCCUGGCGGCGGAUCCGUGUAUCGCGCAAUUCUUGGAGAAGCACAACGCGGCCGAUACGACGGUCACCGCGCGUGACCGUGAUGUCAAAACGAAAGUUCAAUCGAGAGAGGCUGCGCAGAGUAAUGGCAGCUCGGCGGCUGAUUCCAAGUAUACGCCGAAAGCCAAAGGGAGUCACGUGGACAAUCCGAUUCUGACGGACUUGAUUACGAAUCGUAACGCGGAGGAGUGCAAAAAUCAAAAUUUGGAAUCUAGUAGAAGUACAGACUGGAAUAAAAAUACAGCUGACGUUACUAGAGAUGUUCUUCAGGACGUUCAAAGGAUACCAAUUGCUGCUAAUUCUAUAGAGUCUAUCUUAUGUGAGGCCAUUAAAUUGGAAUAUUCAGCGUUUUCUAGUUUCGGUGGUAACCAAAGUAGCAGGGAGUUGAAUGACGCCGAGAGAGCGAAAUUGAACGAGCUGAUAGUUGCUAACAAAGCGUUAUUAGCUCCGUUAGACGAUGACAUAACGAAUUUGGUUGGCGAGGAGUGUAAAUUCAAGAAUAAUUUUGGACAAUCUGAUCCAAUGUUGUUAGACGUUAUAAAUUUGACAGCUAUAGCAAUUAGACGCCUGAUAAAGAUGUCCAAGAAGAUAAACGCCUUUAAGAAUAUGUGUCAAGAGGACCAGUUGGCUCUGCUGAAAGGCGGCUGCACGGAAAUGAUGAUCUUAAGGUCGGCCAUCAAUUACGAUCCGGAUAAAGACAUGUGGAAAAUACCUCAUAGUCAAGAGAGCAUGUCGAAUAUCAAGGUUGACGUUUUAAAGGAAGCGAAAGGAAAUCUGUAUGCGGAGCACGCGAGAUUUGUCAGAACGUUCGAUCCCCGGUGGCGGGACGAAAACAUCAUUCUGAUUUUAAGCGCAAUCGCUCUGUUUACUCCCGAAAGACCGAGAGUCGUGCAUGGCGAUGUCAUUAAAUUGGAGCAGAAUUCGUAUUAUUAUCUCCUCAGACGGUAUCUCGAGAGCGUUUAUCCUGGCUGCGAAGCUAAGUCCACAUUCCUCAAGUUAAUACAGAAGAUUUCUGAACUCCACAAAUUGAACGACGAGGUCGUGGGAGUUUACUUGAACGUCAAUCCAUCCAGCGUGGAACCGCUGCUUAUAGAAAUAUUCGAUUUAAAGCACUGAUUAUUAGCUUGUAAAGUGUCGUGAGUUUCCACUUUGUGUGUACAAUCGGAGAAAUUGAAUUAACGCAUUCGAAUAUUGCAUCCUUUGCGCUUCGUGUAUUCCUACUAAGGUUAUCCUUAAUCGAGGAUGAACCGCGUGUUGGCUAAUAUCGCCAAUCCGGAUAAUUAUAAAAAUGUGAUUAUCGUAAGUCAAAUCUUCAACUGCAUUGCCUCUUUGUAUAAACGGUAUCGUGUAGCAAUUUAAUCUUUAAAUAUCUUCAAGCGAUGUGGAAUGAAGACUUAUACGUGUAAAAUAUCGAAGUAGCUUAAAGAAAACUGGAAAGUACGUGCGGCCGCGCGUAAAAGUCGCCAGGAGUCAACUACACGUAGAAUACGGACGUUGAUACAGAUGGCUGUCAAUGUCUGUUGUAGUUUAGUAGCUAUCAUCACAAAAUGGAACGGCGAGCAAUUUACGCGCGUCAAUUUCGAAUAAAGUUUGACUAAACUUUAGGAUACUAAUAAGGUAAGCGUGCCGUAAUCAACAACAAUAUUUCGCUUCGUAGCAAGCACAUAUUGUAUCAUUAAGUAUUUCGCGGAGUAUCUUUUUCGAUAUCGUGCUCACUGCGUACUGAGAAUAAACGUGCGCGUACAACGACAGCAUAAUAAUUCCUAGGGUGGCUGUUUCGGUCAUUUUUCUCGGGAAAUAGUCAAAUAUAUAUAUAUAUAUAUACAUAUAUACACAUAUAUUUUUUAAUAUGUGGACCGUUAAACUUUAAGUAAAUGAGAAAUGUUGUUUAAUGCGACGUGGCCUGCUCAUAUAUAUUAUAUAUUGUAUAAUUAUAAUUAUGUUAAAAAUUUGUUUUCUAAAAAAUGAGAUUCCAAUGCAAACUCAACUAUAUGAAUUAUGGUAGUUCAGCUUUAGCCAGUGUCUAAAUGUAAAUGAGAGAGAGAGAGAGAGAGAGAGGGAGGGAGGGAUGUUAUACUUGUAUGUGUGUUGCCGCAAUGUACACGAGAUAAAUUGUGAUAUAUCCUGAUAUAAAUAUAUUUUUCAAAAAUUA